UUUACGGCCGCGUCAGGUUCUCCCCCAGUUACCCCCCAGUAAUCCCCCAGUUACCCCAGUUUACCUCCGGACGAGCCCGUAAUGGACUACCAGUCCUCCCAGCAGCCUGGACGGAUUUUGAGGAACGUUUUUUAGCUCCUUUCCCCGGGUUUCUUCACGUUCAAGUCAGCAGGAUGGCUGGAAAGGAGCCCGAAUCGCCUGGAAAACUAAAGACAUCGUUAUAGCCUAAAUUGGCGUUUUUCCCCAGAAUCGGGGGCCUAUCCGAACGGACUAUUUCUUCUCACAACUUUCCCGCUGUGGAUAAUGGAUGGCAGAGAUUUCGGAGCUCCCCGAUCCGUCCACCUCCCAGCUCCGCUGCUGGGACUCUCGAUGGAGUCUCACCGGCUCGGAGCAGCAGCGGCGGCCGGGAGGGUCGCUCCCUCCGCCGGCCAGCUGGGCGCGACUCAUCCGCCAACGCUCCACUCGGGAAAAUUCCUGCCAUCGGCCAUUAACCUGCAUCAACACCACAGCGACAGCUUCCCGGCAGGCUCCAGUCCAUUCCUGUCAGGUUACUCCGGCCCCUCCCACUUGACCUCCGACCCCGCGUACAGAUCGGCCAAUCCCAGCAGUCUGCAGAUGGCCCAGCUCUGGGCAUCGCACGCUCAUGAAGGGUACCCUCCUCUGCCAGGCAGCCUGUACUCCAGCCCCUACCUGUCCCUGGGACACCUGGAACCUCCCUCGCUCUCCCAGCACCCUCUCUACGACUCACAUAAAGAGGGCUUUUACCUGCCAGCCUCCUUGAACCAGCUGCCUCUCCACCCUCCUCCAUCUGCUCCUCCGGCCGCCCCGUCCAACUCCACACCGCCCCAGAGGACGUCCCGGGACGGGGGAAGGGACCGCCCUUAUCGGGGGGAGAGGGAGAGAGAGCGAGAGCGGUCAAGAGAGGAGCAGAGGCCGCACAGCGUGGUGGACCUGACGCAGGAGGGGAGGAGCGAGGAGGCCUGCCGGGCGAGGAGCGGCGACCGCGAACGAGAGAGAGAAAGGGACCGGGACACGGAGAGGGACAGAGAGAGUUGGCCCUUCCAUCCUCACCCCCUCGAGCAGAAGCCACACCCCCAUUCUUCAACAGUGCGGCCCAGAUCCAGGCCAUCACCUCCACCGCACCCCUUCCCUUCAGGCGGGGGCGGGAGGUUUCAUGGACCAGAGACAGACAGAGGGGGUCGGGAGGAGGAGGGGGGCUCCCGACCCCACCACAACCAUAACUCUAACGCAAACAACUCAAACUCUCACUCAGACAGACAACGGAGGAAUGACUCCGUGGCCACGUCAGCCGGGACCCUCCACGUCUCCUACGCCCUUCCCCCGGCGCUUCAGCCCUCCGCCGCUGGCCCGCCUCACCCCUCCACACCCAGAGAGUCCAUGAGAGAGCAGCGAGUCAGCGCACCGACAUAUGUGCCUUCUGUGGAGGUUUACGACGAGCGGGUCGGUCCAAUCCAGAUCGCCUCGCAGGCCCGCGACAACAAAAACAGAGAGAGAGAACGAGAGAGAGAACGAGAGAGAGAACGAGAGAGCGACAGAGACAGGGAGCGCGAACGGGAGAGAAACCGGGAGAGGGAGAGCUACAGGUUUCCUGAGAGGAGCCCGAUGGAGCAUCCUCGACUCUCCCAGUCUGGCGAUUCAAGCAAUCAAAGAGAGGAAGGCUCCAUCAUUUGUUCCAACGGUUCCAUUGGUAAACGAGCCCAGGACGCGUCCUACUCCUCUAUUCAAUCACGGUUCAGUCCGGACAACAGGGACGUCCCUAAACACUCAAUCCGAUUGGGCAUAGAGCAGGCAGGGGCGGAGCCUAAGUGGAACGCCAUCAGCCCAUUAGCCAACUAUGCCACCAGUCACAUGGCCGCCCUGGCUGCCCAACAUGCACACACACUCUCCUCUCCCCACAGCCAGCCCAAACGCACACAAAUGUCCCAUUCCCCUCACACAACCCACCGGCCCAGCAGCAACUCCCAUUCCCCCCAAACGCACCCCACCCAACACGGACACGGGCGAGCAGGUGAGGAGGGGAGUCAGAGACGCUACCUGGACCCAUCGGCGCUCUACCGACCCGGGGGGGCACUGGCAGGUGAGCGAGGCGGGGGAGCAGGGUCAGAUCCCGCAGAGGUCUCAGCCAUGCAGAGUCUGAUUAAAUACAGUGGGAACUUUGCCGCUGAAGGGCCGGGGUCCGCCAUGCACGCCGCGGACGGCCGAGGACCCUUCGGGGGUCUGGCCAACGUCGGGAUGGAAGCCGAAAGGGAGAGGGAUCGAGAAAGAGAGCGGGAGAGGGAAAGAGAGAGAGAGAGGGACAGGGGGGAGAGAGAGCGAGAGAGAGACAGGGAAAGGGUAUCGGUUGGAUCAGGUGGUUCAGCGUUGAGGGGGCCUCCACAGCUGAAGCGAGAGCAGGAGCGGCCGGACAGCGCCCGCUCGUUUGGCCGGGAGGGGGAGGGGGAGGUGCGCCACCCUCCGGUUGGCAUUGCUGUGGCCGUGGCCCGGCAGAGAGACAGUGGGAGCUCCAGUAAACAGACCAGUGGACCCUCGGACACACAGAGAGCCCUUCUGCAGACGGCUAUUAAAGAUGAGGAGCGAGGGGAGGUCCGUGGCCGUCACCACGAUGACAGACUGCUGGUCGGCCGGCUGGAGCGCGAGCAGGAGAAAGUGCUCAGAGAGUCCAAGGAGCUGUCAGAGUUCACUCAGAUGCACCCUGCUCCGCUGUCUAGCGGCAUGACACCCAGCAUGAUGACACCCAGCCUCAUGACCUCCAACCUUAUGGUCACAGGAGGGGCGGGACGAUGGCCUCCCGACCCCUCAACUCUGACCUCUCACCCCUGGAUGCCCCGACCUGGAGCCCCCCCAGUCUGGCUCUCCAGCUCCCCAUACAGUCUGGGUCCUUCGUCACUCCACCAGACCCUCCCCCCAGGCUACCCCCCCUCUCUGCAAGGCUCCAUACCCUCUCACUACCAGUUUGCCAGGGACCCACAGUCUGGGCAGCUAAUAGUCAUCCCCACUGAACACCUGUCACACUACGGAGGUGAUGUACUUGAUCGUGGAGCCCCGGUGUGGUCGGGGGUAUACGGUACAGGCAGCUCGCUGCAGCAUGCGGCCCAGCUCCAGCUCCUCUCCCAGCAGCAGAUGCUCCGGCAACAGGAGCUGCUCAUGAUCCAGCAGCACACAGCGCAGGUCCUGGAGCUGCAGAGGAAUGCACAGAUAGUCGAGCGUUUUAAGGCCAGUGAGCACCGGCCCGAGAUGGAAGACAAAGCAGACAAGCGGCACGCCGACCCCAAACCCCGCCCCUCCUCGAUAUCUUCCCCGUCUCCCUCACCCAUCCUGCACCCCCGCAAACCUCCCCUUCACUCUCGCUCGCCGACCCCGUCCACCUCCUCCCUCACCCCUCUGCCGCCGCUCCCCUCACCGGUGACCGCCCUCAAGUCGGAGGAGGGCGGACAGAGAGCGUUGUCCCAUCCGCCGACGCCCCUGCCUCACCUUUCUCACCCGCCUUCCCCUCGCUCGGCCUCUCCGCCCCCGUCGCCACGGCGGCCUAAACUGGAGGUGGGGCAGAGAGAGGGACAGAAGCCGUCCUCUGCAACCUUUCAAGGCAUCUACUCUGAUCUCCCUCCUGGUUACCCGUACCGGUCCAUCACGGCCCCAUAUGGCUCACCUUUCCCCCCUUAUCACAUCCCAGCUCCCACAGAGGCAAACACAGAAGUCGUCCCACCCCACCGCUCCCGUUCCCCUCCCUCUGCUGCCCCUUUGCCCUCAGCCCACCUCCAUCCAAGGCUGCUGGAAGCAGACAUCAAGGCACAGAAAGUAGAGUCGUCAAAAACGGGAUCUUUUCUCAAGCAGGAACCCGACGUGGAUCAGCCUCCGCUUGACUUGACGCCAGAACCUCUUGGUCCUCCUCGCCGGAGCCGCAGCCCUGUGCUAGCCAGCCAGGACCGAGAGGGAGACGGGGAAACCAUGAAGCUCCAGUCUCAACCGUUACCUCUGCUUGUACCCAACCCUCCGCGGCUUCAAGUUGAGAGGCGGGAAGAAGUCCAGGAGGAAGAGCAGGAAGGAGGGCAAAUCAAAAUGGAGGUGUCAUCUUACUCCUGUCAAGCAGCAUAUCCCCUGCCUCCUCCACUCACAGAGGCUGAGCCUAAACCAGAGGUCAUCAAAGAUCCAGUACAAUAUCCAUCGUACGUAGCUGCAAAUUCAGACAGCCAGGAAUCGUCUCAGACGUGUCCAUCACUAGAAAAAAUCACCAGCACAGUGUGUGAGCAAGAACAGCCAGACACUCCAAUGGACUUGCACACUCCCAUUCAAAAAGAAAGUGACAGAGAAAGUCCUGUUUAUCCUCCUCCAACCUCCAACUCGCCGCUCCCGCUGGUCAUCGGACCUGAGGAUCCCAUGGCAGGGCUGUUUGCUCUGCUGGCAGCCAGCGAAAUGGCCCAGGCCCGUCCCAACACCCCACCCGCCCUGACACUCAUUCCGCAGAUAGAGAACUCCUCCAUGGGUGCAGACUGCAGCACCACGGGUGCUCUGGAGAUGGUGGCGCUGGAGGGGAUGGCCCUGCUCAGCCAAAUGGCCCAGCGAGAGAUGGAGCAUAUUCGCCUGGAGCAAGAUAUGACAUUGGAGGGUCUGGACUGUCUUCUGAAAGCAAGCAGACAGAUUUUGUUGGAGGCCAUCGAGAAACAGUCCCACAUUGAUCUGCCCAGAACACUGGACCCCAACAAGAAGUACAGCUGGAGGCAGCGGAAGGAAGAACCGCUGUACAGUAAGAUGUCUGUGGACGUGUUGGACGCAGUGGAAGUGGAAUACCGCGUCCACCUGGCCGAGCUGCAGAAGACGUAUAAGGAGAAGCAGAGAGAUCUGAGCAAGCUGCAGAGACGCAGAGACAAGCGUGAGCGACAGGAGGAGGAGAGGCGGAGUCUGACCAGACGGGGCAGAGGACGACCCAGGAAGAGGAAACACUUGGCUACACCUCCCAAACUGGACAGCAGGCCUGGAAAGGUGGGUAGGACGGUGCAAUACUCUGAGGACUCUGAAGCUGGGGAUGGACAGAGGAAGAGGUUCCGGGUGUCCAGAGAAGAAGAGGAGACGGAGGCAGGAAGUGGAGGAGUGAAGAUGAAAAAGAAGAAAAAGAAGAAGAAGAGCUGGAAUGAUCAGGAGCCGUCCACCAGUCAUGGUCUGGAGGUGUCAAAGGUGAAGCGCAGCCACGUGUGUGAGCAGGAGCAGCUGGCGUCAGACCUCGACAGAGCGCUCUCACUCUCGCAGCUCGGCUCACUUGGCGCGUCUCGCAAACUCCCCUCCAACUCUAAGUUAGACAAGUCAAAGGGCAAGUCUACGGAAAGUCGGAUGAAGGAGCGCGGCAUCCAUCCGUCCGCCAAAGCAGGGAAACACAAGUUGGCCGCCAAGGCCUCUGUGUCGGAGACCGUCCGGAAGGUGAAAGGUCAGAAGAACUCUGCUUUGUUCUCUCCAAUGAGAUCAGAGCUCAGCAGCUGCUCCAACAACUCAGAUUCAGAGGAGCACAGUUCUGCUCGAGGGGGCUGGCCCCCUCUUUCAGGGACGCGUUCUCACGACGACCCGACCAGGAAGAGGCGAUCGGCGGCGUCGCCGACAUCCCUGCUGUCCAGUCAGAAGUCUCAGAAGAAGAAACACAAGCACUUAUCGCUGCUGCUGGAGGAAGCGGGCCUCAGCUCCUCCGACGACUCCUUCGACCAAGAAACGUCCGAGGAUGAAGACGACUACGACAUCGAGGAUGGGUCUGAUUCGGAGGCUGAUGGCGGCUGUGAGGAGAGCGGGUUGGGUCUGCUGGCCCGGUUUGCUGCGAGUGCUCUUCCCGUCAGCUCCACGCCAUUGAGCAUUCUCCAUGAUGCAAAACAACGCAGCAGGCAAAGCACUCUGGGGUCAUCAGAGUGCGAGUGGUCAGACUCUGGAUCAGACUUACGACUGAGGAAGUUCCCCUCUCUGCUGCACGGCAAACGCUCCGCCCCCGAGCUCCCCCUGUUGCCCCCGGCAACCCGCCGCAUCGACCAGACCAGCCCCUCCAAGCGAGAUGACGUGCUGCCGGCCAAUCGCAAGCCUCUGCCCAAACCACGGCCAACGCCGCGGUCGCCACGGCAAUUUAGCUUCGACCUCCACUCCGGCUCUGGGUUCGGAGGCUUCAGCGAGGACGAGGGCUGGACCCGCCGACGCAGCGAGAGGAUUUUCCUCCAUGAUGCCACCACCUCAGCCAAUCCGAUGCCCGUGUCAGCCUCCGCUUCCUGCAGUCAGAGCUCCUCCUCCAGCUCAGCUCCACCCCUCACCCCAAAGCCAGCCUCCAGACCCAAACCCUCUCCGCCCAGCAGAGAGGGGAAAGAUGUGGUGAAAAAAAAGAAGCCGAAGGACUCGCCUCUACCUGUGAGCCCGUCCAAUCUGUGCAGUCCAAUCACAGACGUCCCUGCACCUCUGAGCCUCAGCCCGGCACGCAAGAGCCAACCGAAAGCGAAGACAAAGGCCAGAGAGCCUUCCAGAGGAGCGGUCAGCCGGCUGAUGGAGAGCAUGGCGGCGGACGAAGACUUCGAGCCAAACCAGGACAGCAGCUUCAGCGAGGAUGAACUGGUCCCACCGCGCAGCAACAGCUUAUCGGAGAGGUCCUCCACGCCUGCUCCAGUGCAGUGUGUGUUGGAUAAAGACUCUCUGGUGGACGGACUCAGAGUUUUGAUCCCGAUGGACGACCAGCUACUGUACGCAGGACAUGUGAACACUGUGCACUCCCCUGACAUUUACAGCGUGGUGGUGGAGGGGGAGAGAGGGAACCGACCGCACAUCUACUGCUUGGAACAACUGCUGCAGGAGGCUAUCAUCGAUGUGAAGCCCCCGUCCGUGCGCUACCUCCCCGAGGGAACCCGCAUCGCUGCCUACUGGAGCCAGCAGUACCGCUGCCUUUAUCCCGGCACCGUUGUCAAUGGAAGUUCAGAUAUUGACGAGAAUGAUGAUCUCAUCACGGUGGAGUUCGACGACGGAGACACAGGCCGCAUCCCCCUCUCCCACAUUAGACUGCUGCCGCCAGACUACAAGAUCCACUGCGCCGAGCCAUCCCCUGCGCUACUCGUUGCUAGCUGCUCCAGGAGGCGAGUCCGCAAAUGCAGCAAAGAGGGCAAAGAAGCGGUACCAAAGCCGGAGGAGAGCGCACCUAAGAUCAAAGGAAAACCUGGUCGCAAACCCAAACCCAAACCAGAGACCUCUUUGAACCCAGAUGGCCGGGAAAAAGCUGAUCCUCUAUCUUCCUCCACCCAGCCCACAGAGAGACCCCAGGCUCCAGCCAAGACUUCCCAGGAAAGGACCUCCUCUGUCCAGAAGGCGGCUCAGGAGAAGCCCCGACCUGCCUCCCGGCCCCCAGUGGGAACCCAAACAAAACCAGGCCGCAAAAGCUCCACCACGUCUCCUGCAAGUAGCCCCACCCUUCCCAACCCGGUGCCCAGGAAGACCAGCUCAGCCAAGCCUUCUGGUCCUAAGCCAGCCCGUGCUCUCCCUCCGUCCCUCUACCCCUCCACCUACGGAAAAGUCCUGACUGUGGAUCUGUACAGCGAACCCAACCUCAGCUCGUACAACAACCAGCGCAGAGAAAGAGAGAGCAGCAACAGUGUCAGUCCCACCACCAACAGGCCAAUGUCCAGAUCCACCAUGGCACCAUCAUCUACUGCACCCAAGCCAAGUUCUUCGUCCACAGCCAGAACCAUUCCUGCUUCCACACCAAAAACCAAACCCUCCUCGGACCAUCACAGCGGCUCCAGACCCAGCCACAGCUCUGGACUUAUACCUGGUUCCAUCUCCAGGCUGUCAACAGGCAAACCCGGCUCUUCACUGAACCCCAGACCUUCAUCAUCAUCUUCACUGUCAUCAUCAUCUGCCCCUAGACCCAAACUGAAGAUGCCGUCCGACCAGCUGUCCUCCAGACCGAGACCCAGCUCCAUCUCCAGGCCCAAGCCCAACCCGGGGCAGAGCGACAUGGGCUCAGUGGUGAGACGCAAGUCCAUGUCUGCAGAACCCCUCGUGAAGCUCGACCAUGAAGGUGUCACCUCCCCCAAGACCAAGAAGACCAAGGCUCUGAUGCUUCUAGAGGGUCGAGGCGUCAGAGGAGACCACACCCCCAUCACCACAGCCCCAGCCAAACUGCUAAAGGCUAGACCAAAAGUCCCAGAAAGAGAGUCGGGCCUGCAAGAGAAAGACUCCACCUACAAAGCACCGAUGCUGGUCAAGGAGAAGGCAGAGAGUCGUGGAAGUGCUGGUAGAGGACAGGAGGUGGACACAAGAGAGGAGAAAGGUAAAAAGGAGGAGAGGAAGGAGGUGGAGAAAAGAGAGGAGAGAAAGAUUAAAAAUGAAUCUCAGAGUAGCAGCAGCUCGGAGUCAGAGGAAGAACGGGAGAAAGGGAAGUUAAAGAAAAAGAAGAAAUGCACCUCAAGUUGCUCGUCUUCCUCUUCAUCCUGCUCUGGUUCCUCCUCAUGUUCUUCUUCGUCAUCCUCUUCGUCGUCCUCUUCUUCCACCGAUGACUCUUCCUGCAGCUCAGAUGAAGAGAGGAUCCCUACGCCUCCACCGGGCCCUGUCACCCCACCUCCAGUACAGGACAAACCGAAAGAAGAGACGAAAGAAGAAGAAGAAGAAGAAGAGGAGGAGGAGGAAGAGGAAGAAGAGGGGAGGAAGGAAGGGGAGGUAAAAGAGGAAGAAGAGGAGCUAUCUCCUCCCUCAGAAUCUCCUUCCCCUUCAACCUCUCCAACUCCUCCUGCUCCUGCUCUCGCCAAACCUGCUAAACCAGCUACGGGGAAAGGCUCCGGGCAAAGGGGUCGUCCUCCCAAACCAAAGCCCAUCGGAGGAGAGGGGAAGGUGGGGAGACCAAAGCGGAGAGAGGGAGUCCACCUCCCCACGACCAAGGAGCUGGCUAAACGUCAGAGGCUUCCCAGUGUGGAGAACAGGCCCAAAAUUUCUGCUUUCCUUCCAGCCAGACAGCUCUGGAAGUGGUUUGGAAAACCCACUCAGAGACGCGGUAUGAAGGGCAAGGCUAAGAAGCUCUUCUAUAAGGCCAUUGUGCGUGGGCGAGAGAUGAUCCGCAUCGGUGACUGCGCCGUGUUCCUGUCCGCCGGCCGGCCCAACUUGCCCUUCAUCGGCCGCAUCCAGAGCAUGUGGGAGUCCUGGGGCAGCAACAUGGUGGUCAGGGUCAACUGGUUCUACCAUCCAGAGGAAACAAACCCCGGCAAGAAACUCACCGACAAGAAGAACUGGGAUCAGAUGUGCGGUCAGUCUUUACCAGCAGCUCUGCACUCGUCUAUCCAGAGGAAAGACUUCAUGGAGCGCGCCCUCUACCAGUCCUCUCACAGCGACGAGAAUGACGUGCAGACGGUCAGCCACAAGUGCCUGGUGGUUAGCGUGGAGGAGUAUGAGCAGAUGACCCACACGCGCCGCUACGCCGACAGCGAGGACCUCUACUAUCUGGCGGGAACCUACGAACCCACCACCGGCAUGAUCUUCAACACCGACGGAGUCCCGGUCAUCUGCUGAACAAACACAGAAGUCCCUACGAGUUAAUGAAACCAAAUCACGACUCACCGACUUUGGAUCUCACAAGGAGUUUAACCCCGACCCCCCCGGGUCUUUUCCGAGUCUAAUCACUGAUCUUUAUUCAUGAUGGAUCUUUCGAUUAACUCAACCGCUCCGACACCAUGCUACACUUCAAACAGACUGUCAUGAACAGCUUCUACUACAGAGACUGGAGACACUAUAGACAGUAUUACAAGGAACGAGUCUCCUGAAACCUUUGCACACACAGACUCCAUCAUCACUGCUUUGCCCGUUGUGUUCAUGGGAAAGCUUGAGAACACACACGAGCACUUCAGUCUCCUUUUACAUGUAAAUAUACUCUGCAUAAACACACAGUCACACAUGCACAGACACAUGUAAAUACUCACCUCCAUGUAAUACACACACAGUUAUAUAGAGGAAAAAUAUGAGUGUUUUAUUUUCAUGUAAUAGAUUUAUGUCAGAGUACUUUUUUCUAAAGAGGUUAACAGUCGAGAAGCUUUAAUGAACUGUGAAUGAUGAUGAGGAGAGAGAAGCCCGUGUCUGUCCGUCUGACAGAGACAGACGGCGGUGAUGUGACGUUGUGAUUAUGAUGUUGCCGUGGUGAUAUUACAGUCAUGUUACAGUCAUAUAAAUGUAUCUACAGAACAGCAGGAGCCACAGACAGAGACAGAGAGAUAGAAGUAGAGACUCCUUCCAUUGCUGUCCAACAGAGAGCACUUAAAUAAGAGAAACACUUAAUGUCUUUCCUCCUUUAAUUUAAGCCCUUCAAUUCCCCUUGACAAUCCUAACUCGGGCAGGCAAACUGUCCGUGUGCUUUUAAAACUUCUGAGACUCAGGCUUAAAGAGAGAGGAAGGAAACUUCCCAUUUUCAUCUUUAGUUCCUAUUCUUAAAAGAAAAAUCCACCCUGAGAACACUUAAACACUAUGUAACCAGCUGCUGUGGAUGUAUCUUGUAUUUUGCCCAUUUUUGCACUGAGGUUGAACAACAAUUCAGGGAGACGUAUCCUAAAGGAGCGAGACACACACCAGUUUCUCCACCUGACAGAAGCCUCACAGAGACGCAGCAUAGCGACAAGAUUCUGUGUGUUUGGGGGGAUGUCGAAAAGCAUACUGGGAAACGUAGGACAAAAAUGGGUAACCAAGAAAAGCAAACUAUAACACUUGAUCACAAAGUGACUCUGUGAAUGCACUGAACAAGACAGGCCGAUGUAUUGACAGUGUAGGAGUCCCAGAGGGUGGA